AUGGCUUCUCCAAUCCCCCGCGGACUCCGCCAAGUACUCCAGAAGUCCCCCAAUGAUAUUGUCAUCCUCUCCUCGCUGCGCACACCCGUCACCCGCGCUAAGAAGGGUGGUUUCAAGGACGCCUACCCAGAAGAGCUACUCGCCAGCGUGUUGCAAGCAACACUGAAGGCAAACCCAAACUUGGACCCCGCCCAGAUCGACGAUGUGCUCAUCGGUUCUGUGCUUCAAGAACUAGGCGGCGCUAAAGCUGGUCGCAUGGGCCAAAUCCACGCCGGCUUCCCUCACUCCGUGCCCUUCAACACGAUCAACCGCCAAUGCUCAUCCGGCCUGGCAGCGAUCACAACAAUCGCCAACGGCAUCCGCGCCGGUGCUAUUAACGUCGGCGUCGGCGGCGGCAUGGAAUCCAUGACCCGCAACUACGGCUCCCGCGCCAUCCCCACAGUUCUCUGGCCCGAGCUGAAGGAGUCCUAUUCCCAGGACGCCCGCGACUGCAUCAUGCCCAUGGGAAUUACAUCUGAGAACGUCGCGUCCCGCUACGGCAUCUCCCGCGCAGACCAGGACGCUUUCGCCGUCGAGUCCCACGCAAGGGCUUCUGCCGCCCAGAAGGCUGGCCGCUUCGACUCCGAAAUCGUCUCUGUCACUACCAAGACCCUCGACCCCGAGAACCCAGAUGCCCCUGCCAAGGAGGUGACAGUCUCCCAGGAUGACGGUAUCCGCCACGGGCUAUCCCUCGAGAAGGUGGGCGCACUCAAGCCCGCUUUCUCGCCUACCGGUGCCAGCACCGCUGGUAACAGUUCGCAAGUCAGCGACGGUGCCGCUGCUGCUUUGUUGAUGCGUCGCUCCACCGCCGAGGAGCUGGGUCUGUCUGGUUCUAUUAAGGCGCGCUGGGUCGCGUCUGCUGUUGCGGGCUGUGCCCCCGAUGAGAUGGGCGUUGGCCCUGCUGUUGCCAUUCCUAAGCUUCUGCAGACGGUUGGCAUUGAAGUUCCCGAGGUCGGUGUUUGGGAGAUCAACGAGGCUUUCGCUUCGCAGGCGCUCUACAGCGUUCGCAAGCUUGGUAUUGACCAGGCGAAGGUUAACCCUAACGGUGGUGCUAUUGCUAUCGGUCACCCCCUUGGUGCUACUGGUGCCCGUCAACUCGCUACCCUGCUGCCUGAGUUGGAGCGCAGUGGACAGGAGAUCGGUGUGAUUAGUAUGUGCAUUGGUACAGGUAUGGGUAUGGCGGGCAUGUUUGUCCGUGAGUAA